UGUACUGUGGCCAUUCGGAGAGCGUUUGUUUCUAUUUUGUGUGCAAAAUAAUGUUUUUUCUUCAAUAUUUUUGUUAAUAUAAAUGAACAUGAAUACAAUGGAAGAGUUGUUAGCGUGUCGGGUUUGUCUUGCCACAGACGUGAAACUGUAUGAUAUGUACAAAUACGAGCUGGUCUCUGCGUACGAAAUGUUUUCAGGAUACAAGGUGCCAAUAUCGGACGGUCUGCCUCACCAUCUAUGCAGUUACUGUGCUGCUCUGCUCAACAAGUGUAUACGGUUCCUUGAGAAAUGUAGGAACUCCCAGCAAUUACUCCUUUCCGCUUUCAUGGAGAAUGAAAUGAUAACACUAGACCACAUCCGAUAUCUAAACUGUGACGGCAGCCAUCACCUCACACACACCAACAAACACAACAUCAUAACAAUAAAAGAAGAAGACGACGACCUGUCUACCAUCAUCAAGAACAUAAUAGACAGUAAAGACAACAUAAAAAUAGAGAAUGAAGAAAACAGCGAAGAAGAACCUUUAUCAAAAAUCGUGAAGAAAAAUAAAAGACACAAAAAAGAUAAGAAAAGGUUGAAGAAAGAGAAGGAAUGUGAGAGUGAGUUGGAGAUUAUAGAACAGGAGUACGAUAAUAUUAGUAUAAAGGAUGAAGAUGUACAAGCAGAUUUUUCCAUAGAGCUGAAUGAUAAUUUCAACGAUGAUUUCGGUGAUGAAUUUAUUGAUGAUUACGAUGAUAAGAUGCAGUUUGAGUUUGACGGAACGGAUGUUGUUGUUCUCUCGAAACUACAGCAAAUGGAAGAUUUGCAAGCUAGGAAAGAGACGGAAAACUACAAGAACUGCAGAUUUAAAUGUGAAGUCUGUUAUAAAGGGUUCAUGACGGAGACAACUUAUGAAAAUCAUUUGGUCAAACACGAUCCUUCAUACGGGCCAUAUUGCUGUGACAUAUGCCAACUGCGAUGGCCGAACAACAGAACUCUACGAUCCCACAUGUCGUCGACACAUCAGAAGAAAUAUAUAUGUCGGCGGUGCGGUUAUGUCUGUCGGUCCAACAACAAAGCCAAGGAACAUGUGAGAUGGCAUGAAGGCUUUAUCUACACGUGCGAGAUAUGUGGGGCUACGUUUAAUAAAUCUACCAGCCACCUAACCCACAUUCGACUCCAGCACCCCUCGGAACACACCUGCAGCAUCUGCAACCAGUCCUUCAUCAGCCAGAUCGGACUGAAACAACACGCUAAGAAGGCGCACAGGACUGGGCAGGUCCAACUAACGAAAAUGAAGAUAGAAACUCAAUGUAUGUCGUGUGGGACAGAGUUCAGAAGUGAGGAUGCCUUGAGGCGCCACCUCAGCUACGCGGAGGAUGAUGUGUGUGAUCAGAACUACAAACCGUGUGCCAUGUGUGGCGAAAGAUUCGCCAAUGUAAUAGAAUUGAGGGAACACGCGAGGAAAGCGCACCAGAAUGAUAAGUGUGUUGAGUGCAACAAAAAAUUCGCGAACCCCAAAUCGUUAGCAGUUCACUACCAUCGCAUACAUCUUGGUAUAAAAAGCAACAAGAGUCCGGGCAAGAGCGUCGUCUGCGAGACCUGCGGGAAGAAGUGCAAGUCGCAAGCUACGUUCAUAUACCACAAGAGGAUACACUCCGGGGAGAAGCCGUACCAGUGCAACGAGUGUCCGAAGAAGUUCAGCGUCUACCAGCGGUUACAGAUCCACAUCCGCACCCACACAGGCGAACGUCCGUUCAAGUGCACUCAUUGCCCGAAGGCUUUCAAGCAUAAAGCCGCGCUCAACAGGCAUGACAGAGUACACACGGGGGCAAAGCCCUACGCCUGCCCGCACUGCGGCAAGACGUUCUCGCAAUCCAACUCUAUGAAGACUCAUGUCAGGAGUGUACAUCUUAAACUACCAGCGUUAUACCGACGGUCGCCUAAGCAGAAAGAAUAUGAAUAAUUGGGUAGUAUUCCGAAGCAUAGUGUUUGUUGUGGUAAAGAUAGCUUCUAUAGCUCCAGUGGGGUACGUAAACAUAGGUCCCGUUGGUUGUUUGAGCGGAAAGGGCGGUUAUGCAAAAAUAUCCUACAGACAAGUAACAGAGGAAAGGUGGGAAAAACUUACAGAUGCGCUGCAAAACGGAGAUUUAUGUCCCCGGAGACACCGUUGCUCGACGAGGGCCUCGGAGAUGAUGAUUCAGAUGGCUGCGUGCACUUUUAAGAUGAUAAUUGUAUUUUGUUUGGCCGGCCGGCACUCUUACGCACGGUAGUUGAAGCAAGAAGAGAAUGAAUGAUUCGGAAAUUUGAGUGAGCGUGUUCGAUGAAUGAAUGAGCGCCGGGUGAUAGGAAAGGGUAGGAAGCGGGAAUGACUGAUACUUGAACACAGAAUAAGGGAUAAUACUACGUAUAGAACGGCAACUCUCCGCUCCCCACCAGCGGCUGAGCUACGUUUACCUCACCCCCUCGGUCUUUAGUCUUCAAUCGUAAGGUGUCAGACGUCACACACACAGCAGCGCGUGUACGAUAACGUCAAUGUGUAGUGUCUGUGUGAAACGAGGUGUUUUGUAUGAAGUGUCCGGGGUGUGAUAUAUGUCGAAAAUAAAUUAUAAAAUUCUGAUUAGUAAAUAAAGAAAAACUGAAACUGA